AUUUCUAUUGAUGAAUAGAAGUUUAAACCAAAGGGCGAAACCCAAAAGCACGGUUCAAUGGUAACAUCUUAAAAUAGUCUUGGAUGAUUGAAGAACAGAAUAUAGUUUACAAUUUGAAGAGUAAGCCUUUAACCCAAAAGUAUUUACAAAAAGCGUGAGGACUUUUCUAAUUUUAAGAAUUAUACUCCCAUCAUUGAAAUUUAAAGAUGUGACCGACAUCUGCUUUCUAUAGAUAAUAGAAACUUCAUUAUGCUUAAUCAAAUUUAAAUUACGGUAAAUAGUUUGCUAUUUCUAGACAGUAGGAGAAACAUGUCAAGUCGCUAAAUCGUGGGAAACGGGUUACAGAUGUUCUAUUGGUUAAUAGCAACCUACCAAUCGUUUUAGACAUUCUUCGUUAUUGUUAUACGGUUUUAUAAAAGUGGAAACGCAACAGUUUGUAUCACUCUGCGCCGAACAUUUUGUCUUUAAAAAUCUACAUCAAAACAAAUGAAUCAAUCCAAAAAAAUAAACUUUUGGUAUAAAGAUCACAUUGUAGUAAAGGUGUGGGAGGGCAACUCACUGGCGUACGUACAUUUCAACAAGAUAACGAAGACGGGAACAAAGUCCCUGACAUUUUGUUCUGAUGCGAUCCGAGCGCUGCUGGAUAACAAGGAACAAAUACUGUCAGCGAUUGACGAUGUUGAAAGGGAGUAUCAAGAAGAGCGCGAGAUGCUAGCCCUUGAUGUAACCGACGAACGGAUGGAGCAGCAGCAGCAGCAGCAGCACUACCAUAGUCCACCGUCUGAGAGAGUUCCUCUCAAUGCAACUCGGCGGUUUCAACCGUAUGUUGGAAGUGGAGGAGGAAACUUUGAAGGUCGAGGACUGCCAACAAACAUGGUGCUUGGACAGGGACGAGGUGCUCCCAGCACCAAUUUAACCCUGUCACAGGGGCUAGGUGCCCCAUUCGGAAGAGGCCGUGGUUCAGAUCUACUGGCGGUCCUACAGCACCAGCAACAACAGCAGAUAUCAAUCAAUUUCGCCGCCAACAUUAAUGGAAUGAAGACAACAUUUAGUCGUUUAUUAUUAUGGUAGUUCAU